GCACCUCAGCUAGGCCUUGGUAGCUGUAGCCUUCGGUCUUCGGCUUCGGCUGCUUCGUUCACGCACCUCUCUUCCCUCCCUCUUCCAACUCGCGCUCUACAGCAGCCGAUUGGCCGAUUGUCGCAGCUUCUGUAGAAAGGUUGCUUUGCGUUCACAACUUUUAAAGUACAAUUGUAGUACGUCGUUUACACAGGGGUAUACACAAGUUCAGCAAACGACGGUGGUCUUUGAGGAAGGAAAAGCAAGCACAGCAUGCAGUGUGCGUUAGCGCAAGCUUCUGGAGCAACGAGGAUGGCCGCAGCGAGGUCUGUCGUCAACAGGCCCGCACCUUACUCAGCGGGCAUUACGCAGUCCAGUUUCUGCCCUGGAGUUUCAAUGCUGAAUGCAGCCGCAAUUGCUAAACCAAUUAUGGCUGCCCGGCCAAAGUUCACAAGAGCACAGGCUGCUGGUCCGGAGUUGGCCACCGUGUCGUCUGCGGAGGAGACGCGGGACAAGUACACUCUGAUCAAAAGGCCUGGAAAGUCAAGAUAUGAGGUUGCCCCUGGAAUGCAGUGGGAGUUUUUCACAGCUGGAGCCCAGGCGCUGACCAGAUUCGGCAGCGCCGCAUUUGUGUCCGGCAACCUGAGCAACUUUCGAGCCCGGCCUGCCAAGCCUAUCGAGUUGUACGAGUUUGAGGGCUGCCCGUUCUGCAGGAAGGUUCGUGAAGCCGUCACGAUUCUGGACAUCGACGCCAUCUUCUACCCGUGCCCCCAAGGUGGCCCGACCUACCGGCCCAAGGCCAAGGAGCUGAGCGGCAAGAGCCAGUUCCCGUUCAUGAUCGACCCCAACACGGGGACGUCCAUGCUCGAGUCGGACGACAUCAUCAAGUACCUGUUCGACAAAUAUGGCGACGGGAAUAUUCCGCUUCCGCUGCAGCUCGGCGCCGUGACGACGCUCACCGCAGGCAUCGGUCUCGCGCCUCGCAUGGGCGCCGGCUCGCGUUACCGCGCGGCCAAGAAGCCAGACAAGAUCCUGGAGCUGUGGGCGUAUGAGGCGUCGCCCUUCUGCAAGUUGGUCCGCGAGAAAUUGGUAGAACUGGAGCUUCCCCACCUGUACCAUUCCGUUGCACGGAACAGCCCGAAACGGAAGGAGUUGACGGACAAGUGGAAUACCGACUUCCAAGUCCCGUACCUUGAAGAUCCGAACACAGGAACUGCCCUGUUCGAAACAGAUGACAUCAACAAGUACCUUGAGAGGACAUAUGCGCUGUAGAUAGAAAAGCACCAAGGACAUUGAAGCCGGUAGCCAACUGGCGCAUGGUCUGAUUAAGGAUCAAUUUUGACGUAUAUGCUUCUUGGCUCUUUUGUUAGCAAAAAAUCGUUUCCGAUAGGCGCAUUUCCUGUGACAUGAGUGUUGGGGACCAGCUGGCGAUCCCCUUCAACAUCUGACGCUUGUGGUGGAUGCUCGCUGGCUCAGUUCUU